UCAUUCAACUGCAGAUAAACAUUCACUUAUACAAAAGCGAUAACUGUCGAAUGACAUUCUACCUCUUUCUAUGUAUUUAUUUAUAUUUUCUUAUUUUUUAGGAACAGUUUUUGAAACUGUUUAUCUGUUUUUUAAAGAGUGCCAAAGCGAUAAAUUGCGGCAACCUUACAGCCAAUAGAAUCGCAUGUUAUUGAAGGCAAGUCAUGAUCGUCAUGAUGAUCUUAAACAAGCGGCGUGUUUUGUAGGUUGAUAUGAAGAAUUAUUUAUUUACAUUCUGUAAACCAUCUUGAUUUUUGUGAUACAUAAUUCUACGUUUGUCACCGAUUCGUACUUUCAAAAUUAUGACUGCUGUGUUUCAAACAGUGAAGAAACGGUAUGAUUUCAUAGCAAAAAAAGUAUAUUCGUUGUUUGAACCACAACAGAGUAUUUCGCCAUCGCCUGAAAUCUCGAAGAGGGCCAAUGUUUUCAAUUCUAUUUUGAGUCCAUUUGAGACGUAUGUUGUGUCGUUGCAGAGUCUUCUUAUUUGGGAACGACCCUUUCUUAGUGCUGGAGCAUUUGUAACCAUCAAUAUUUUAUAUUGGUUGAUUGUCCUGUGGAAUAGAAGAUUCUUCUCAAUUCUUGCUGUAAUAGCAUUAGUCUUGUUUCUGUAUAGAACAUGGAUUAAUCAAAUAUGGCCUGAAAUUAGAGUACCUCCUCAAGAAGGUGAAGAUACAGAAAGUUGGAUUUCUUUGAGUCCUGGGAUUUUAAGUGUUCCUGAAUUAAGCCAUUAUUUGAAUGACGUUUGUGAGAAAAUGUUAAUAUUGUGGAAGGAUGUUUGGAAACUUAGGAAGGAAAACCAUGGCCUGUUUUGUGCCUUGAUGUGUGGCUUCUUCUCUCUACUUGCUGUUAUUGGUAAAGUUAUUCCAGGAGUUCUUAUCAUUUACAGUUUAGUGUUAAUCUUAUCUUUGGGUCCUGGAAUAGCAUUACAUUUAAUACCUUCAACUUUAUAUGAUCAUAUCAUUGGAUAUUUUGCAGAAUCUGAUGGCCAAGGUUCACUUAAUUCUUCAAAAUCUGCUGGGCAGUCUGAUAAAGACAGUGAUUUGGAAGAGUUUGUUCCUGAAAUCUCAGCUGAACUUAUAAGGCAGCUAUCACUGAAGGAGGAUGUCCCAGAAGUACCAAGUCCCGGUGUAGUUUUAACUGAUUCUUUAGAUCCAGAAGCUCCUAUUGAUGAACAUUACAUUAAUGAAAGUGAUGAUUUUUCAUUAUAUCAUGGCCUUGGUGCUUUUCCAAGUGUUGAAGAAGAGGGUGAGAGUGAGCUUGAAGAUGACAUUUCUGAUGACAUUGUGCCUAAGUUAGAGCCUGAAAAUAAUGAAAUGAAUUUUGUAACAUCUCAUUUCAAAGAGGACAGUUCUGAAUCAGAGAGUGAUGUUUUCACAGAAGGUCUUUCAUUUAGCAGAACUCAAGAACAGGAAACAGCAGCAAAAAAAGUCACUAGCCUAGAGAAGGAUAAAGUUGAAACUUCAGUAAGCAGUGUACCAAAGCCAAAAAUUUCAUCAUCAAGUGAUUUAGAGGAUGAUGAAUUAAUGGACUUUGAAAUCUUAGAAGAAUCUGAUGUUAUGUCUUGAAAAUACUACCUUUUUGGGCAUUAAUUAGAACAUUACUGGCUAAAAUGUUAUGCCGUAUACAAGGCUUAUUGUGUGAUUUGUGUUGUCUUUCAUUUGUUUUGUUAAUUAGUUUUGUUAUUUAGUUUGAAUUGUUAUUUAGUUUUGUUAUUUAGUUUGAAUGUGAAAUCUCAUUAUAAUAAUAAUUUUUUUAAGACUGAGCAUUAAAUAUCAUUAAAUAUUGCAGUAAAUACCUUCAUUGAGUAAAAUUAAAUCACCUUCUAAAUUUUUUUGUCCUUCUUAUCUUCCCUUUGUUUUGCUCAAUAACUAAUAUUAAAUUUCCAUGAUAUUUUGUAUUGCUACUGUUGUUAUUGAACUGAUGCAUGUUUGUAGAGUGAUUUGCUCUUGAAGAGAGGCCAUAUCAUACUUUUCCCAAAUAAGUUGAAUCUUUUUAUUUGAAAUCAGUGCCAAGUAAAUUUUGUCAAUAAUUAAAAAUUUCUCAAGGUUUUUCUCUUCAAUGAAAUAAUAAUAAAAAUUUUGAAGAAUUUUCAAUUACUGGUUGUCAAUAAAAAUUCUUGUUUAUACAAAAAGUUUUUGCCUGAAAUAUGUUUGCAUGUUGUACUUGUACUGCAGCACCAUGUUGGUUGAACUUUGUCAGAUCUCGGGAAAUCAAAUUACAGUUUUUACAUGAAGAAACAGCCAUGUGUAAGUUAACAAGACCUUGCAGGACAUUCCUGGUAGUCACCACUGAGUACAAGUCAUACAUUCAGGGAAUUUUUCAUCAAGAAAUAUGUAGGAUGUGUCAGUUCAUGCUGAAGUUACUUAUUCAUGGUAUCAAUUUAAUUCAGACAUGUAGAUCAAGCCAAUAUUACAAACUCUGCACUAAUUUGUUGUAAUAAUGAAUUUUCACAAUUAUGGUUUCUGUUCCUUUGUGAACACCUGUGUGACAUUAAAAAUAACAAAUGUUCAAUUAAUCAGAAUGAUAGUAGAUGAUGAAACUUAUAAGAACAGUAUUGACAGCCUUCAAACAAAAAGCGAAACAAAAAGAAAAAAAACCCAAAAUUUUGCAUGUUAUGAAUAACUUUGUAUAUAUAUAUUAAGAGGGGAGGGGGGGGAAUUGCUGAAUUUAUGAGAUUUUCAAAAUUUUUCUUACAUUUUGAUUUUAUGUUUUUGUAAUAUUGACAGUACUGAAUUAUUUAUUAUAUUGAGAUUUCAUCAGGAAUUUUAUUUUCAUCAGAAUUUAAUAAAUUGUACAUAGAUCACUUUAGAACAAAGAUUAAACAGUUCAACUCAUAAAAUGUCGGAAGCGUAAAAUUCUUUUCUUGCUCUGAGAUGUUUUGUUUUAUUCUGUUCAUAAAUAGUCUUUGACUUAUGAUAGUUUGACUCAACAUUUUCCAGCUGUGUGAUGAUUUCUGCAGCUACAUGUACUGCUGAAACUGCAAUCAAAAUUUUGAUCAUGUUCCAAGCUUGCACAUAGCCCAGUUAUAAUACGUUCAGUGUAUAUCAUCAGUAAAAGCACUAAUAGGUAGGUAGAGGAUUAUAAUAAAGUACAUAAAAAAAAAGAAGGAACUAAUUGUACACUCAGAAAUUGAUGUCUUAAUGAAAAAUAUCAGCAAGUACCUAUAUCCUUUCUAGCUGACAUAAGCCUCAUUAAAAAAGAGUGAAAUCUUGUUUACUUACAGCAUCACUACCAUCCAACAAUAAAUUUCAAUGCUUCAAAAGUUUUUUCUUUUUUUGUAAAAAAAGUCCAGUAUGUUUUCAGCUGUUUGCGUUAAUGGUGAAUACUUGCAUAUUUGUACUUAGCCCUUUUAGUGCAAUAUUCAAAGAAUAUGAGAGGGGAUUUGGGUUUUCAGUGAACUUUCAAUUUACAAAUUGUUUGUUUUAUGAACUAUUGCAGUGGUCUAGGAAAGUAUCCUAUAGAAUUAAUUUCUGCUGUGUUUUGUAAAAAGUAUAAUUUCUCAUUAUACAUUGUCUCUUUUUUGUGAUCUUAACUUACCAAUUUCUUUUUAUUCUUUCUGUUUAAAUACUGAAAAUUAGGGAAUGGUAAAAUAAAAUGUUCUAAAAUUAAUUGAAGAAUGAAAUUUCCCAAAUCUUGAAACCCAGAUUGAUGAAGAAAAGGGACUGAAAUUUGCCAGGGUGGUAAUGAAGCCAAAUAAUAAUAUUAAUUAUUUUGAUCUCUUAAGCAAAUGAAAGUGAAUGCAAAUUUAAUUUUUUAGUGCCAUUUUCAUUAAUGAACAGCUAUUGAUUUUAUAAACUUUUUUUAGUAGUUUAUGAAUUCACAAAAUUGAAAGUUCACUGCAUUAAUCUUCUGAGCACUUUUAACAUUCGCUAGAUUUAUGUUCAAUAGAUAAAAUUAUUAGUUUCAAACUAAAUGCAUGUAAUAUAUUAGUUAUAAUAAGUAUGUUAAUUAUGAUAAUAUUUUCAACUUAUUAAUGGCAUAUCAGAAUGAAAAACAUUAUAAGUCAAGGAACAACUUUUCAUUAAAAUCGUUAUUGUAGUUUUUUUCCCUCCCCCUUCUUCUUACGAAAGACUGUAUUGCUAAUAAAUGUUUAUUAAAGCAGUCGUUGCUCUUGUGCUAUUAUUGAAAACUGAAGCUGUAAUAUUAAAAUUUUCUGUGAAGCAUUAUUUAAUGUACUUUUUUGUUAUAUAUUUGGUUUCCUGUGAUAUGUUGUUUAGUUUGGGCUGUAUGUAUGUAUGUAGUUAUACUGGGAAUACUCAGCAUUCAGAUGUGAUAGUCUGUUACUUUAAAAUAGGCACUUCAUAGGCAUAACGAUCCUCCCUUCAUUUAGGAUCAUAACUUAUAUGAGCGCAGAGGGAUUUAGAGGAUUAGGAAAUUAGAGGAUUCAGCCUUUUUUUUUUUUUUUUCUCCCUGCAGUAGUUACUAAGAGUCAUGAUUUAGAGGAAGGAAAUAGCCUUGAAAUGUCUGUUCUAAGGUAACAGACUGUAGUUAAGAUUUGUGAAUAUAUUGAGAUAAAAUGUAAUGAUACCACAUAUUUGUAUAUAUUUUCUUAAUCAUCAUCUGACAGUUAUCAAACAGUGAUGUUUUAUUAUUUAAAGAAACUGGAGAGUAGAAUGUAGUUAUGAAGCAUAGUUUUGAGAAAAAUUUUUUAGCUAUGAAGUAUAUUGUUUGGAAUACAGUCGUGUUUAAAAUGUGAUGUUAUGCUGAUUUAUGAUUAUCAGAAUGGAGUCCAUAUGACACUGUACUUAAAUUACACUGAAAAUACCGGUUAUAUCCCACUGGUCUUGUAAAUUGUUGUGAUGAACUUGUUUUAUAAGCAUUAAAUAUGAAUAAGACUCAAAUCUUUAUUUCUAAUAGUAUCUUUGAUAAAGCACUUUUGGGCCUUAAUGUAAUGUAUAUCUGUGUAUGAUGAAUUCUUGUAAUAUAUAUAUAUAUUUAA